GACAGGCAACUCCGCGGCCGCCUCGCACCUGCCGGCUGAAGGCCCCUCACGCAGGGGUCCUGAGGCGCGAAGCCGCCGUUGCCGGGGAGACGGCGUCCCGCGCCGCGUUGCAGCGGCCGUUGCCGGCGCAGGGCGGUAACAGCGCAGGGCGACGCGGACAGCCGGCAGCCGCCGCAGGGCCUCGACGAGGAAGUCUGAGACGGCGAGGAGCAGGAGGAGGACCGUGAGGCGCCGCUCUCCGCCGCCAUGUUGAACAUCUUCCGCUCCAUCCCCACGCAGAUGGACUACAAGGGCCAAAAAUUAGCAGAACAUAUUUUUCAAGGAAUCAUUCUUGUCUCUGCAAUAAUUGGUUUCAUCUAUGGAUACAUCACUGAACAGUUUGGAUGUACUGUCUACAUUGUUAUGGCUGGAUUUGCUUUAUCGUGUUUGCUAACACUCCCUCCGUGGCCUAUGUACCGCCGUAAUCCUCUGAAGUGGCUACCUGUCCAAGAGUCGGGAACAGAAGAAAAGAAGCCAGCAGACAGAAAGCCAAAGAGACAUACUAAAAUCUAAAAAAAAAAAACAAUGUAGUUCUUCAUGCUGUUACUUUGUUAAAUGCAUUUUCACUGGAAGAU